AUGGCAUUAAGUGAUACGCUGAAUCUUAUUCAACAAGAAAUUAUUCGUUAUGCUUAUUCAUUAUGUCUUAUUUUUGGUAUUACUGGAUGUUCUCUCAAUAUUUUACUUUUAUCAAGACAACAAUUUCGCACAGUAUCCUGUAGUAUAUAUUUUCGUACAGCAUCCGUAGCAAUGAUCAUUGAUUUAUGUUUCGGUACUAUACCGUAUAUAUGUUCACUCAUUAAUAUUGAUCCAACUACGACUCUAGUCUGGUUUUGUAAAAUGCGUAUAUACAUACUUCAAUCUAAUGCGAUGAUAUCUCGAUGGUCAUUAGCAAUCGCUUGUUUUGAUCGCUAUGCACUUUCAUCCGUCAGUGUACAUGUACGAAAUUUUGCCAGAGUUCAUAUCGCUCAUCGUAUUAUUGCAAUAAUAAUAUGUAUCUGGUUAAUAUUACCUAUACAUGCACCUGUCUUUUUUAAUAUAACUAUGGGUCGCUGCGGUAUUUAUAAUAACAGAGUUGCUUCGUUUUAUCAUACAAUAUUUACAACACUUUUUGGUUGUAUUCUACCUGUUUUAAUUAUGAUUGUUUGUGCCAUUCUUCUUUAUUAUAAUCUUAUUCUUAAACAACGACGACGUUUAAUUUUUAUCUAUCAACAAACAAAAAAUCGAAAUGAAAUCCUACGUGGACAACAAAAACGUGAUCAGCAAAUGUUUCUCAUGUUACUUAUUCAAAUUUUUGUCUAUCUGAUAUGCAUAGUUCCAUUAAUGAUUACAUACCUAUAUAUUGCUAUAACAAUUGAAACUAAUAAAUCAGCCGAUCGGAUAGCCAUUGAAAAAUUUACUGCUUUCAUAGCUGAAUCAUUAUUAUAUUUCUUUUGUGCUUCAUCAUUCUAUUUAUAUACAAUGGUAUCAAAAUUAUUUCGUAACGAAUUAAAACGUUUAUUAUACUUAGUAUUUAUGCGUAACAAAAAAAAAGAAUAUUCAUCGUAUAGCAGCAACAGUAAAUAG